CUGAUGGCGUCAUACAUGUGCGUCAGCAACAGGAAGCAAAACGUGUGGAGAGAAUCAAGUCAGCGAGCCGUUGUUUUGAUCUUAAUAAUUUUACAUAACCACUUUUAUAGCUCAAAAUGGAUGACGAGGAGGAGACUUACAGAUUAUGGAAAAUCAGAAAAACUAUCAUGCAGCUCUGUCAUGAUCGAGGUUAUUUAGUGACGCAAGAUGAAUUGGAUCAGACUCUUGAUGAGUUCAGAAGCCAGUUUGGAGACAAACCCAGUGAGGGUCGACCACGACGAACCGACCUCACGGUCCUGGUCGCCCACAACGACGACCCAACAGACCAGAUGUUUGUGUUCUUCCCUGAGGAACCUAAAGUUGGCAUCAAAACCAUAAAGAUGUACUGUCAACGUAUGCAAGAGGAGAACAUCACACGGGCAAUUAUUGUAGUCCAGAUGGGUAUGACCCCAUCAGCCAAGCAGUCUCUGAUAGACAUGGCACCAAAGUACAUACUUGAGCAGUUUCUUCAACAGGAGCUUCUAAUCAACAUUACAGAACACGAGCUUGUUCCCGAGCAUAUAGUGAUGACUAAAGAGGAACUGACCGAGCUGCUGGCGCGAUAUAAACUGAAGGAAAGCCAGCUUCCAAGAAUUCAAGCUGGGGAUCCCGUGGCCAGAUACUUUGGCUUGAAGAGAGGCCAGGUUGUUAAAAUUAUCAGACCAAGUGAGACUGCUGGGCGGUACAUCACAUACAGAUUGGUCCAGUAAUGGUUAUGAUGUUUGAAAUAUUUUCUCCAUCCCUGUUAUUCUAACCUUUUUUAUUUCUUUUUUCAAUAAACAAAUCUGUUACUCUG